AUGCAAUUUAUGAUAUGGAAUCCUUUCGAUUUACCUGACAGUGAAGCUUCAGCUACUGAACUUUCUUCGCUCAAGACGCCACAAAUAUUGAAUCCUUAUAGCUUAACACAAUCCGAUGCCAAUCGUGAACGUGCAUUCACUUUUUUCUGGAAGAGACAUGUGUUUUUAAAUGGAACCACGAAAUGGCAAAUGGAUUUCCGAUCUGAAAUAGGUGUAGCAUCUAAUGCUUUUGGAACAAAUAACAGUGCAAUUGGACUUAUUCAUCUUAAACCAGGAAGUUUUGAAGUACCCACGACUCGCGAGCAACCAUUCCUUCAACCUGUUUCCGUAUUCACCAUGUUUAUUGUUCUUGCCGCUGUUCUAUAUUCUACCUACUACGCGUUGUUAGGAGGUAGAGGCAAAUAUCGAAAUUACGGUCUUGCUCACAUUAUCACUAGAUAUUUUCCACAGAAAUACAUUACACGCACAGACAACCGAGCUUUAAAACCAACGGCUGAUGAUGUGUUAAAAGUAUAUUUGGAUGGUAUUAAUAAAGUAGAGUUUGAUGAUUAA